UCUGCGCGCACCGGCGAGGAGUGUGUGCACCCUCGGGAGGCGACCCGGGCCAACGCCCGGCCCCCCGGCAGAAGCAAGGAGCCUUGGAGACUGCUGCUGAGUGUGUAACCCAGGCUGCCUCUCCACCUGUUUCUCCGUGCUGUAGAAGGGAUUGGAUAAUGUGGCUGGCUCUCCAGAAAGACCCACUGGCCCUGCGUUGAGCAAGAUCUCUCAGACCAUCACAUUUUAGAUCCACUUUGAGAAGAAAUGAUGUAACAAUUCUUAUCAAACAGGACUUUUUGGAAGUGUGGGAUACCCGUGAAGAAGGUCAUCCUUUUCCCGGUCUGUGAAAUAGACAUUCUCAGAUUCCAAAAUGCCAGCCAAGACCCCAAUUUACCUGAAAGCGGCUAACAACAAGAAGGGAAAGAAAUUUAAACUGAGGGACAUUCUGUCCCCUGAUAUGAUCAGUCCUCCCUUGGGGGACUUUCGUCACACUAUUCACAUCGGCAAAGAGGGCCAGCAUGACGUCUUUGGAGAUAUUUCCUUUCUUCAAGGGAACUAUGAGCUCUUGCCUGGAAACCAAGAGAAAGCAUACUCUGGCCAGUUCCCGGGGCAUAACGACUUCUUCCGGGCCAACAGCACCUCAGACUCAAUGUUCACAGAAACACCCUCCCCAGUGCUCAAAAAUGCCAUCUCCCUCCCGACUAUUGGAGGAUCCCAGGCUCUCAUGCUGCCCUUAUUGUCACCAGUGACAUUUAAUUCUAAGCAGGAGUCCUUUGGGCGUCCUAAGUUACCAAGGCUCAGCUGUGAGCCUGUCAUGGAAGAGAAAGUUCAGGAGAAAAGUAGUCUGUUAGAGAAUGAGACAGUCCACCAAGGAGACACCUCAUGGGGCUCCAGUGGUUCCGCGUCUCAGUCCAGCCAGGGCAGGGACAGCCACUCCUCCAGCCUGUCUGAACAGUACUCCGACUGGCCAGCGGACGACAUGUUUGAGCAUCCUGCCUCCUGUGAGCUGGUAAAGUCAAAGACUAAAUCAGAAGAAUCCCUGUCCGACCUGACAGGCUCCCUGCUCUCUCUGCAGUUGGAUCUUGGGCCCUCACUUUUGGAUGAAGUCCUGAAUGUCAUGGAUAAAAAUAAGUAACCAGGAGUCAGCUCUUUUUCUUUGGAGUAAGAGGUACCAAACUAAGCAGAAAAACAAAAUAUCAACUAACCACAGCUGAUGGAAAGAGCUUCUCUGACUGUUGUUUUUUGCAGCCAUGUGAUGCAUUUUCUAAAAUAACGCUCCUGUUCCUACAAAAUAUUUUUUUAACCAUCAUGCCCUGUUUGCAAAAAUUUUGAAAACAAUAAUUUUUAAAAAUUUAAGAAAAAAAAAAACCAGAAAAAGGAGGAAGUGAGUCAGAGCUCAUUUUCAGCAGGCACUGCUGGUGCGCAAACAUGCUUGAUUGUUUGUUUGUUUGUAGACAUGAGCAAGUCCAGGCUGUCAGGAGGCCAGGUCCGUGUCUCUCUCCAAGGCUAUUUACGGCAUGUUGUAAGAAGGAAAUCAAACUUCCUUCGCACCUACACUUUUUUUUCUAGACUCUUUUGUAUAUUGUAUCUCUUGGGUUCACCAUAGCGAGUUCUCCAGUGUUAAGAUUUUACUCUCUUUUCAUAUUCAAACAACCUUACGGGAUUUGGGAUUUUUUUUUUCCUUGUGGUUCUUAUAUAUUCCUGUAUAUUAUUUCUGUGUUGCAAAAGUUUGACUGUCAGCUACAUGUGGGUUAAAAACAAGCAAGGUGUUACUGUAACUAAGUUAUUUUUAAAGUUGAAAUAUAUUUUUAUGUGCCUUUGGCUUUUUAUUGA